AUGGAGCAAGGGUCUUCGACGGCUGAGGCUCCUACUGAACCGACCGCACCGGCUGUGCCCGCCGACCCGACUCCAUCAACAAGUCGCGGAGGAGGGAAGGAUAGCGAGGCGCUCUCGGCUGUUGCGAGGGGAAAGAAGCGCGCGAGAGAACCGAAUGAAGCUUCGCCUGCUCCCCCUCCCGCACCUCGAGUUGACUCUGGCCGCCGCAUCGACCUCGUCAUCUAUGCCGGCUACGAGAUCAGAGCUCAGUUCAGGUCGCCAUAUCCGCUGGACGAGCUUCCCGGAGCGAGUACAACAAGCGGAGACAAGGCUUCUCAGGCGGGAGCAGGAGAGAAGCGCGGACCAGGUCGCGAAGCGGGUGGGCGGUUCACGAAAAGGCUUCCGACGGUGAAGAAGGAGGGGACGCUUGAGCCUGAAGCGGCUUCUGCGGCGGUUCCGGCGGUGAAGGAGGAAGAGGACGUCUCGCCUGAUUUCGCCUCAGGUUUCGCCUCAGCCAUCGCGCCCAGUCCUGAGCUUGCAAGCUCACCAGCAGUCGAGUCGAGCGGUGCUCGGCACUCAGACAAUUUCGUCGUGGAAGAGACCGAUGCGGAAUCGCCCGUCGACUCGCAGGUCGCAGCUUCUUUGACAUCCGCCGCCGCUCCACCCUCAGCUCUCCCGCCAGAUCGUUCCAAGCGUUCAGCGUCUACCCACACCGAAGCUACGCAUCCCCCAGAGUCGAUCGACGUAGACCACCCUUUGCCCUUCCAGCUCCCCUCAAUGUCGACCUCCGCUUCGCUCGCCUCAUCAGACAAACCCGUCGCAUCUACAUCCGCAGCCAUCCUCUCCGACCAGCCUCAACCCUCCCUCAGUCCACCCGACUUGUCUCACCCUCUAGAAAUCGAUCCCGGCGGACACGCUCCUCCCGAACGCGGACGAGCUGGCCGCUUCCUCCCCAAACCGCCUGGCGAGACAGUCAAGGCGAAGCGAGCUGCCGAGCGGGCUGCUCGUCUCGCCGCGACAGCUGCGGGUGAAGCCGUCCCUCGCGUCACGCAACGACAGCAGCGGGAGAUGGCUCGACGGGCGAGGGAGGAGAGGGAGAAGGAGCUGGCGAGGGAGAAGGACAACGAGCUGAAGGAGGAGGUGAAGCUCUUCGUGUGCGAGAAGUGCUUCAAGUACUUGGCUUUGCCCGUCGCCUAUCUCGCUCACCAGAAGGAGUGCACCGUUACGCGACCGCCUGGGCGGCGGGUCUAUCAGCGAGGCGCGACCAGCAUCUGGGAGGUCGACGGAGCAGAGGCAAAGCUGUACUGCCAGAACCUGUGCCUCUUCGCCAAGCUGUUCAUCGAGCACAAGUACAUGUUCUUCGAUGUCGAGGGCUUCACCUUCUACCUCUUGACGGAGGCGACAAGCAAGCAAGAAUGGGUGCUCGGCUACUUCUCCAAAGAGAAGAUAUCGUACGACGACUACAACCUCGCGUGCAUCGUCGUCUUCCCGCCGUUCCGCCAGAAGGGCUGGGCGACGCUGCUGAUCGAGUUCAGCUACGAGCUAUCCCGCCGCUUCUCCUCCACGGCCGGCACACCCGAACGACCACUCUCCGAACUCGGCCAGAAGGGCUACCUCGCGCACUGGACUGCCGUCCUCGUCCGCUACUUCCGCGCCGUGUUCGCCCUCCGCUGCGAACCGCCCUCCAUUGAGUCGUUCGUGCCGAGUCGCAAUGGCGUCUCGGUCUCGCCGACGAAGAGCACGACGCCCGGCGCGGGCGACGACGAUGCCGAGCGAGAACGGCGGAAGCGGCAGCGGCGGUCGAAAGGCUGGGAUGGCGAGUUGCCAGCUGGGACUGCGACGCUCGCCGCCUCACCCGCCAAGGCGUUCACGCUCCGCUCGACCAGGUCCAAGGCGCCUCGACAAGGCAGAAUCGAUCCAGUCGACGGGUCAUUCGCCUUCCCGACGACGCUCGACGAGCUAGCCGACGCGGUCAACUUGCGCCCUGACGACGUCGCCUUUGCACUCGUCGAGUCUGGACUUGCGCAGUGGCGGCGGGGCGAGGGCGUGGUCAAGAUCGAGGAGGGAGAGUCGGCGACCGACGCCGAGCUCGAACUGGUCAUCACGCCCGAGCUGGUCGAGGAGGUUGCGGUCGCGUGCAGGGUCAAGCCGAUGCCGAUGCUGGACGUGGCGUACGUGUGCGGGCUGUAG